AUAUGAAAUCAGGAAACAUCAACACACAGGCAAAGAUCGACAAAGAAGACAGACCAUUAACCCAUCGGCGGUCACAGACUGAAAAAGGGAGAGCGUGAUGAAGAUCCGUGAUUUAAUUCUCAUAUUUAUAUGCAUCCCUGCAACCCUGAGUACCAAUGACCAUCUUCCAGACUGUAAAGAUGCUCUUGAAGAUUGCCUUCACCAAGAAGUGCCAUGGACCAGGUGUUAUGAGGAUAGAAUUACAAGAUGCAUUCAAAAGGGCAGACUGCACAUUCCAAACUUCUACAGAUGGUCUGUCAACGCAUCCAAUCAGGCAGAAGCGGGCACGGAUUCUGGACACAGAGUGCACUUCCCUGCACAUGCCCUCCAGAGAAGCAAGAGGAGCGACUCUCAUACCACUGACUAUGUGCACAUUACUAUGGCUGUACUCAACAGCUCUCUAUUCAAGCUCGGUCUAGUUCGAGGCUAUAGAUCAGGGGAGGUCCUAAGGCAGUCUGUGCUGGCUGUGAGGGUGGGGGACCACAGUGUGAGUGACCUUGACCAGCCUGUCAGAAUCGCCUUCAGAAACACAAAUGUGACUGAGAGAGGGACUUGUGUUUUCUGGAAGGACUCAGAAAAUAAUAAUGGCGAAGGGGAUUGGAGCUCAGAGGGUUGUAACACCACCCUCAUUCACGGAGAGUUUGUGUGCAGCUGCAACCAUCUCAGCUUCUUUGCUGUGCUUGUGAACUCAAAGUUGUCGGUAGACCCUGUGAAUGCCGCCAACCUAGGCUACAUCUCCUACAUUGGUUCAUCAUUCUCUGUGGUUUUCACAACAGUAAGCCUUGUCAUGUACACAUGUCUUAGGAAGAGGAGUUCUGAACAGUCAAUAGGUAUUCAUGUGCAUCUGACAGGAGCGCUCCUGUUUCUGCACCUCUCCUACCUCUUGAGCGAGUGGUGGGUGUGGCAUGAGGCUGAUGGGGCUGAGGGACGUGUCUGUCUGGCCUUUGGGUUGAUGCUGCACUGGGCUCUCCUGUCUACCUUCACCUGGUUGGCCAUUGAAGGAUUCCAUCUCUACAUGCUGUUAGUCCGCGUCUUCAACGUCUAUGUCAGGAAAUACCUGCUCAAACUGAGCCUGUUUGGAUGGGGCAUACCCACUGUGACUGUAGUGGCCUGUGGUUUCUCAGGAGUCUACGGAAGACAUAGCUUCUACAUGAAGGGGGCCAAUAAUGGCUCAUCAACAGACAUAUGUUGGAUAAGCAGUGCUACAGACAGCCCUGGAGUGGUAGUCAGCUACGUCACAGUGAGUGGAUACUUGGGCCUUGUCUUCCUCUUCAACACAGCCAUGCUAGGUGUGGUGGUGGUGAAACUUUGGGGGCAGAGAGGGAAGGGUAGAAUGUGGAAGGACUGGGCCACGCUCCUGGGGCUCAGCUGUGUGCUAGGAGUACCAUGGGGGCUGGCGUUCUGCACCUACGGCCCCCUUUCUCUCCCUGGACUGUACCUCUUCAGUAUAUUCAACUGCUUCCAGGGUGUCUUCUUGUUCCUGUGGUUUCUUGCCCUUUUACAUAAGGGCCACCCAGAGCGCUCCUCUGUGAAAGACUCUUCCAGUCAAAAGAUGAUGGAGACAAACCUCAACUGAUAUCUGCAACACAUUCCAGCAUACCUUUAGUAGUGUUUGCAGACCAAGUCCCAUUUUACCCAUGCAUACAAUGAGUUUAAACCAGAUGUGAAAAUCUAAUUAAUUUCUUCCCGGUACAGACCUCUUAUACCGAGAAAUAAAAUGUAUGACCUUUUAUUAUGGCAUAAACACAACCAGUCAUGAUGUUUUCAUCUGAUUGUUAAACAAGGGCUCCUUUACUAGGCUACUCGCGCACGUUCACUCACUCGCAAUGGAAUGGAAAGAGACAGCUGUUACACAAAACACCAAAAAGUGUCAUGACAUUUGGCAUUUGGCAUUAGGCCAGAAUGUAUGCAUCCACUGCUGUCUGCGUGUAUCUCGGUGUCGGCCACUCAUCUCUGCCUUGGCAUAAUUUCAGUGUUUCUUUUCGUCGAAACACAUGACAUUUUGGAACAUAUGCCUGCCACCUGUUUUCAUGUCCAUUUGCAAAAUGCUCCUGACUCUGACAUGCGGUAAUGAUAAAACAUAGUUAUAAUAGGCCACAGUUUUUUUGGACAUUUUGAUUUAAAUGAUUGUGAUAGGCUCAUAUUUUACCGGUACAGCGUACCCCCACCAUUUAUUUUGUGGACGCCAGACCGUACCACUUUACUUUCACCCCUGGUGUAAACAUGACAUUUAUGAUAUGACACAUAAAGUGUGACACAUGGAGCAAAUAGCCAAUAGCACACAGCCUAUCUACUGGAUAAAAUGGUGUUGUGGUGUUAAUCAGAUAAUUGAAUAUAUAAUUGAAUGUUUUCUUAUUGUUUCAUUAAAAUAAUUUACCAACAA